AUGACUUCUUGUGGAUUCAAAUCUUUAGUUAGUAGUCCUUGCGGCUCUAGCAAGUAUCAAAAACAAGCCAGUGAGAGUAUAAUUCUGUUAAAGUGUACUAAGGAUAUCAAAGGUAAUCUGAAAAGAUUGAAUACUUACGACUCCAACUUGAAAAAGGAAACAACAUUAAUCCUUGCUGGCACAGGUAAGUGCAAUACUAUGUAUGUUACAUGUUAGUAUUUGCAAGCUUUGUGGUGAACUAGCUAUUAGACAUUGCUAUUUGCUGUUGUUUUCUCAUUCAUUUAUCAGAAUCAUUACUUUCCUCAUAAUAGUCAUAAUCAAUACUGAUCUUUAUCCUCAUCAUCAACAACUGUAUUUGUCUUCUUAGGUGUAUUCGAUGUAGAUGAAUCUCACCUUCAUUUAACGAUCUGUCCAUGCUACAGAGAUGAGUAUGGUAUCAGGUGAAUCACAAACAAGAAAAAUUGUGCUUGUCCUACUAAUUGGGCUCCCCAUAAAAUAAUGCAAUGAAGAGGUCAUCGUGGGAUAACACUUCAACAAUCUAGUCUGUUAUACAAUUAUACCUCAACAGUUGUACCAGUUGCUUUGCGUAAGUAUAACAUGUUGACCACACAUUGUCGUUCACUGGCUGCACGUUUCUAACUAAAUGAUCUAUUUCUUUUCAAAGCAAUUUGUAAGAGAUGUCGAAUUCUUUUGGGAAAGAGUCCAUCACCAAAUACCUCCUUGACUGAAGAACAAGAGCAAACAGACACAUUCACUACAGAAUUAUCAGAAGAACACCCAACUCCCCAGCAUUGGUGA